UGAGCGAGAAAUAGAAUGUUCAAUAAUGUGCAAUCAUAUAUUCCGCAAUUCGGAACACGGGAACAUUGUUAAUGUUUUAACCGAAAACCUUAUUUUUCUUCACUUGUUCUGUGUUAAAACUAGCCCAUAUCGGAAAUUGAAAACACAGGUAAAGGACUUCUUUGUCAAUAGACUUUGCUGUUCUUUCGUUCAGACUUCACCCAAGGUCAGGUACCAUCAAAACAUCAAAUAUGGAUAAACGGAUUUUGAAAUCAUUUCUUCUCUUGAUCUUACUGGAUGCGUUUCCCAAUGUAAUUAGCGGAGGUUGGUUCUGCAACAACCCCUCACCACCGGUUUGCGCCGAUGACUGCGAUGGGAAUGGAUACUAUAUCAGUCCAGAUGAAACUGCGUGCAUUCAAUGUCCACAAUGUUCAGCUGGACAGGAACUUAACAAGGAUUGUGGGAAUGGUCUGAAUGGAGAUGCAGUAUGCAUACCUUGUCCAGAAGGAUUCUUUUCAUUGUCCACGUCACAGCGUUGCACUCAAUGCACCACCUGCACCAAUACAGUGGAGCAGGAAACAUGUCAACUCACACAAAACAGAGUGUGUGGGAAUUGCUUGCCUGGCUUUUUCCGAACGUCUGACCGAUUCUCGACCGACUUUAACGCCUGUCCAAACAGAUGUUCAGACCUUCCCCGUGAUACGCCACAGUGCAGGGAUUGGUGGAGUAAUCAAAGGAGAGAACCGAUAGAGGUAGACCAACCCCCAGAGAUUGCACCUGGUGAAAGGCAUAUUGAAGAGGUGCAUCUAGAUGAUCUUGAUCCAUGUGAACCUAAAACCCCACUAUGCAUUGACCCCUGUCACGAUGGAAACUUCUUCUUGGACUAUGAUGGACUUUGCAAGGCGUGUCUGUCAUGCCAGCCUGGAGAAGAACUCAAUAAGGUUUGCGGUCGAGGGAAGAACGGUGAUGCAUAUUGUCGGCGGUGUCCCGAAGGAACUUUCUCAGAGGACGGGCUACAGAGAUGCUCCCCUUGUCGUAUCUGCGUCAACACUUUGACGACCAAGUGCACUGCUUUAAGAAACACCGAGUGUGGAGAGUGCCUUCCAGGAUAUUACCAAGACGCAGAUGGAUACUUCCCGGACCAGGGAGCCUGCCCGAACAAGUGCCCCGAGUGUCCGAACACCGUUCCACAGUGCCAAGAAUGGUGCGAAUCAAGGAGAAACCCGGACAAGGUUCCCGUCGAUCCUGCAGAGUCCGUCGAGCAAGAUGAUGUCACCCUAGCGGAUGUGGCUGUGGACAUUCCCCAGUCUGGUGCUGACGAUGGAAUCAAUGAUGAGGCUAAACUUCCUCCAGCUAGCCAUGGAUCCUACAUGCUCAUCUUCACAGUUCUCGCAUCCCUUCUCGCUGUCGUCAUCAUCGUCCUCUUUACCGUCCUCUUCGUUUUCCGGUACCUGUGGAAAAGGCCAAGUGUGUCGAAUGCGUCGAUGACAUCGCUCAUACCGAGUCCGAGAUCUUCACCCACUAGUUCACCCCCCAGUACUCCACCAACUGUUUACAAGCCUACAACGUAUCUGUACCCCCCGGAAGGAGGCGAUUGGGAAUUCUUGAGACAUCUGAGAACGGCCUAUCCGCAUCUAACCAGUUCAAGACCCGUUAGUGGAGGUUCAACUGAUGCUGAGAAUGGGUCAUCUGCGGUAUCUACUCGAAUGGUCAAUUCAGCUGGUAGUCUGAACCAUGCUGGACCAUUUCAAUCAGCGGCUGUAACACAAUCUGAUCGAGACCAAAGACCAAUUGAACGGUUGGGUGAUCAGGAAGAUAUAUAUAGGCCAUCAUCAUCGGGAAAGGUCGUUACUGAGAGACCGUCUGGAACUGUCCACCAACAUGUAGAGGGUGAGGAGAAGGUUCCUGGAGGAAUGUUACUCCGUCGCCGCUCUAGCGGCAAUAUCGAAAAUUCAUUGAAGAAGUUACAGAAUAGACACAAUGAAAACACUGCGCCAGGAACGGAGGACGAAGCUGCAUUAUAUCCUACUGAUUCUUCCAGUGACGACGGACCAACCGCAAGUGUUCAAAAGGAUACCAACAACAAUAUGUCUACAUACCCGAAGCAGCUUAGCCGAUCUCUGAAACCAAACACCUCAUCCCACACAACCCUGCCCGAUUUACCAGAGGAAUCCCCUGUCGAGAACUUCACUCACAAGAAGCCCGCCGCCAUUUCGGAUGACCAGAGAAGCAUUGGCAAUAAGUCACCCGGUGACACAAAUUUCACUAUCAACAUCACCAUGAACACAAAAGACGUUGAGACGGUUCAUAUUGGUGAUGUACAUGAUAAACGCAACCUCCACGACGGUGCUCACCAGGGAAUCAAGGCAUCGGAACCACACAACGACGACGAAAACGGUGAAGCUCAAAAAUUGCUCCAUGAGGGCAACAAGCUGACCCGUGGUCGCAGUGGCAACAGUGACGAUGACGACGUCGACGAUGGUGACGAUGAUGGUGAAGGACACAAAUUACUUGAACACAAAUCAUCAUAGGUAUGCAAUACCCAUAAUAUCUCAAAUUAUGUAGGGUAAAUUGUAUACCAAACUCUUAAAACCGCUGUUAACCUAACAUACGGACUAUUACGAUUGCACAUAAAAAACAUUAUGUAACUUAUCACAAUCUCCAAAUCUAUGACAAUAUUCUAAUAAUUGCAUUUUAAAGAUUUAGAUUGAAGCACAUUUUCUUGUUAUAUAUCGGUCCAUGGGCCUUCUAGCCACUCUUCAGAUGGUUCGCUCGACCGACGGCCCACGAGACUGGCAUUCAUUUAUAUCAUACCUUUUAUACGUAUUUCCUCGUUUUGUCGGUCUUGUAGACCGUUGGGAACUUUCUUCUUUUCUAAAUGUCAUUAUGUAUUUGUUGGUUUGUCGGCCUCGUUGGCUGUCAGACUACUGGGAUGACGUCGUUAUUGAAUUCCGACGAAAGUAUAGAUUAUUAUGGGUGUACAGCAUUUGAUUUUAAAUGAUAAAGUUACUCAGAAAAAAAGAUUUCUUUUUUGUUUUUAUAGUAUAGAGGUGAAGGUGUUUACGACAAUGUUAUCUUAUACGUUAAGUACUUACAUAAAUCAAAUACACUAAAUAUUUUUAAAAAUUCCAAUUGAUACAAAACUAGC